AUGCAUUGUACCUGUUCGCAGCGCCUCUUGCCCCAGAAAACACACCAGCCGCCGCCGCAGCAGCAGCCCCCGUUCAUCGGCAGCAUUCCAAACGCUUCUGCGCAAGCAGCAAGGCCUGCAGGGAAGCGAAUGCUCUACGAGCGCACCAGCGAAUAUCUAGAGUUGAACCCCGGUCUCGACCUAGAUACAGCUGAGCUGGAGGCGCGACGAGACUUCCGGGAAGUGAAUGAAGUUCACCUCAGUGAGAAGUUGACUCAGACGUUCGAAGAAAUGAAGAAGUGCUACCGCCUUCGCUACGUUCUUGGCAGGCUUAACCUUAUGUACGAGCUUCUCAAGAUCGAAGAGCACUACAACUCACUCGUCGCUGAUGGCAAGGUUCAUCCUGCUAACCUUGGGCUCUUCGACUCGAAGAUCGUCGGCCGGAUGCGCAGUGGCGAGUGCAAAAAUUGGAGAGGCGAGACUCGCGCACUUGGCUCUCAACUCACUAGCGAAACGAAUCGCAAAGGAGGCUCGGCCAAUCUCCACAACUCACGUCGCGAAGGAGCCGGAGGAAGGAUCCGACCGGAGGCUCCGUCUCACGGGCUCCAGCGGCUGUCCACGCGUGAUGGAGUCGCUUCUGGACCUUGCCGAAUUCUUCAGCCUCCCAUGGAAAAGUCGCAAACCGCUCCGCGGGAGAUGCAGCAACCCGAAAAGGGGCAAAUGUUUCAGGUUAUCGGUGACGGGAAACCUGGCAUGACAGACGAAAGUAGCCGGGCCUCGCAGGAGGAAGAAGAAACUGCAGUGACGGCUUCCACGUCCCGGGAAAACACUUUCGAAAGGACUUCCUCCAUCAAUGCCAAUCCAGGCGUGUUCAACGGCCCCACGGCGGCAGCUCCGCUUCCUAGGAUCCCGACUAAACGAGGCAUUGGUUUCGGUCGCUUUCGGAUGCAUUCUGUGCCAGGAGGGUUGGGAAACGUGGUCACUGGCAUGGAUGAAACGAUGCUCUUGCCGGGGAACCAGAAGCUCCCAACCGGCCGCACGCAAACAGCGUUCACUGCGGGUGGCUUGGAAAACCUCCAAGAAAAGCCGAGUCAGCCUCUUUCACUCUGCACUUCUCCUGCGGCCGGUCCUGCACAUACAACUGAGACUACAGUCGGGUCUGCGGCGGCGGAGCGAUCCGGUCCCGCUGCGUUCAGGAAUGAGGCGCAACAUUCGACAGCAUCCAUUCCUCUUCUGCGCGGAGAGCACGGAGUCACUGACAACCCCUCCGUACCUUCCGGCGCCAUGCACCAGAAGUGCCCCAACGUUGUCCAACCCGGCGGCCAGUUCGUCGAGAGUCAGAGCGUGCGGCUGCUGAUCGAUCCAAGUGUCCGACAACUGGCUGAAGCCGCCUCUUCCAGCGCGGCCAGAUCUGUGCCCGGUUACAACGAAACAGAUGCGUGCCAAGUGCGUCCGGAUAUUGCCGUGCCUGGGCAGCCAAGGGGAGUCGAUGCAGAAGCUAUUCCUGCGGAGGACUGCUGUCACGCGCACUGCCAAGGCGUAGGACAGGAAAGUGCAGCACCUGCCGAGAAACAACUCCGGGAAGGCUGCACCAGUCACCUCGUGCUUAAACGCGACGUUCCACGGCUGUGCAGCUACAGCAGGGACGCACUUUCCACCAUCAGCGGCGGACCCCCUCCGUGCUUCCCCAACGGUACUCACCGAUAA